AUGCAGGCCGAGGAUGGAGUGGAGAGGAGGGGGAAGAGUACAGGGCUAAUGGUGAUCAACGGCUGUGAAGUGCACGACAGAGAAAAGGCGGUGGCUCUUUUGUCAAGUGAAGACACAAGGAGCGUCAUCUUACUGGUGACAAGGCCAGAGCUGCAGCUGGAGGAGGAUGUGUGGCUGGAUGACGAUCAACAAGAACUGGUGCAGCUGAAGAUGGAAAUCCUGGAGCAGAGGAGAAAGCACAAAGAGCAGAAGUUUGACAGAAGAAAAGAGCUCCAGCUUGAGGAGGGGAUGACCACUGACACGGCCACAUGCUCCUCCAACAACCAGGACAGCGGGUUUGGCCAUGGCACAGACAGCCCAGAUCACCAGCCACUUUUAUCCCGAAUACAUAAAAAAAGUCCUGCUCAAUGUUUGCGCGAAAGAUGGCUGGCAGAUCAUCCACACAACAAACCUCCAAAGACGCAAUCCAAAACGCAAGACAAUGGCAACAGCCCAAUGCUAGGUUUGGAGAAUCGCUUCCAACAACUUUUGGAGCUCAAAUGUCAGAUCCGUAACGGCGUGGAGUGUGGCGUGUAUUCCAUAAGACACAGCAUCGAAUGUAGCCUGACAGAACAGAGCGGCGGGGACGAAGAGGGCGUUAACAGUGGAGAGAGCGAAGGGGGAGUGGAGCACGAGCUGAGGAUGCUGAAUGAAGAGCUACGAAGUAUUGAAUUGGAGUGUCAGAGUAUAAUGCAAUCCCACCAGCUACGACAGUCCAGCCAACCCACGCAAACCCCGGUUCGAAGCCCCAAAGACGGACUCAAGCUUCGUGGUAGACUGGCUGACAUCCAUGAACAUCCAGAAAGAUCGGAUACCGAGAGGAGAAAGGACAGUUCCAGUGCCUACAAUACGGCGGAGAGUGCGAGGUCAACGCCUGCAGGAGUGGAAAAGUCACCAGAUCACUCCUUACAAAGACAAAGCUACAUGCAGCUGCUCCACCAGCACUCUUCCCUGGAGUACUCUCAGAGCCAGCUGAGUCUGCUGAGCCUUUGCAGAGAGCCAGGGCACCGCGGGGGCAGACCCGGGGAGCCACGCCUGGAGUGGAAAGUCAAAGUCAGGGCCGACGGCACAAGGUACGUCGCCCGAAGACCUGCACGCGACCGCAUUCUGAGGGAGCGAGCACUGCGCAUCAGAGAGGAGCGCAGUGGAGGCAUGACCACGGACGACGACGCCAUGAGCGAGAUGAAGAUGGGACGAUACUGGAGCAAAGAGGAGCGCAAACAGCAUUUAGCUCGAGCCAGGGAGCAGAGGAAGAGGCGGGAGUUCAUGCAGAAGAGCAGACUGGAGUGUCUGAGGGAGGGGUCGGGGGGAAACGCCGAGGCCAGGAACCAAGUCAAUAUCCUCGAGCUCAGCCACAAGAAAAUGCUGAAGAAGCGAAACAAGAAGAUUCUGGAUAACUGGAUGACUAUUCAGGAGCUAAUGAGCCACGGAGCCAGAGUGCAGGAAGACUCCAAAGUACACAAUGCCUUUCUCUCAGUCACAACAGUAUAG